AUGCACCUAGAGACCUCCAGUAACUUGUACGGCGUAACCGUCAACCCUUUCAAUCGAUCAUCAACCUCUGGUGGUAGCUCUGGUGGAGAGGGAUCAUUGAUGGGUCUUCGUGGUAGUUGUCUUGGAGUCGGAACAGAUGUCGGUGGCAGUAUCCGCUCUCUCGCUGCCAACAAUGGACUCUUUGGUCUCCGCUCAACCACCUCUCGUAUUCCUUUGAUGGGUAAGACCUCCCUGAAAAUUGGUUCCGGACAUGUUCAGGGUACACUGGGUCCAUUAAGCACAAGUCUUGAGGGUGUGAAGUUGUUUAUGAAAACUGUACUUGCUGCGAAGCCGUGGAUCACCGACCCCGGCCUGAUCCCAAUCCCUUGGCGCGAUGAAGAGAGUUACUUCCAGAGUGACGGCUACAAGAAGAUUAAGAUUGCUGUUCUAUGGAGUGACGCAGUCGUGAACCCACAUCCACCCAUAAAUAGAGCUCUUAAGGAAGUUGUUAAUGGAUUGGAAGCCAUACAAGCAUAA